CAAUUUCGCGUCCGAAUUCUUUAUUACUCGACUGGAGUAUUAUCAUCGCCCCGGACGCGGCGCUACUAGUUUAAUGCCCCGAUAAUUUUGUUUAUUUUUCGUUUUUUUAGUCGUUUUUUUUUUGUAGGAGUAUCACGCUCUCCCCUUCCCCUUUUUUGCUUUUAGUUUUGCCUUUUUAUUUCCUCCGUCUCCUCCCCUUUUGUUUUGCAUUCCGACGGCUCGCCCGCUCGCUCUCGGUUUCUUCCUCCUCUCGCCUCACGGCUGCAGCUCAGUUUUGUUUUUGCUCCUGGGAUUUGUCGAAUUUUUUGCUUUAUUUUUGCGGGCUUUUUCCCGGUGUUUUUGGGUUUUUUUUCUGGGGAUUUUUUGGGGGCGGGUUUUAAGGAGGGAGCCGGAGGUGGUGCGGGAUGGGGUCAGUGCGUGGGAGCUCUAAUGGCGAGAGCUCGUGUCGGAGGCCCUAGUUGGAGGUGGUUCUACUUCUGUUUCCAGUGCUGCGCGCAUGGAGGCCAAGGCAGCGGAAGCGAGCUCUCCGAUUCCGACUGCGGCUGCACCGGUAGCGGCGGCAGCGGUGGUGCCGGAGGCUACGGUGAGCUUCCAGUCGCCGACGUCUGUGCCGCCUCCGGCAGCUUCACAUGCACCCGCACCGUCGCCGGUGGAUAUGGUUAGCCCGAGUGGUCUGUUUGUGCCGCCGGGUAUGAUGACGGCGAUGGUGGCGGGCGCAGGAAGAGGGUUUCUGUCCGCGGGGCCGCUGCUCAAGGUGGGGAAGAAGAGGGGGAGGCCGAGGAAGUACGGCCCGGACGGGAGCCUGAUCCAGCCGUUGAACGCCACGCCGAUCUCCGCGUCGGCUCCGAUGUCGGCCGCCGUCGCAGCCGGGCAGUACACGCCUGCGGCCGCGGUUGGAGCCGCCAUGAAGCGCGGGAGGGGCCGGCCCCUCGACUUCGCCGCCGCGGCGGCCAAGCCGUACCACCACCAGCUGCAGCAGCCGCAGCAGCAGCAGUUCGGUUUCCACUUCAGCUCCAUUGGUGACAUGGUGGCCUGUUCUGCCGGUGGGAAUUUCACUCCUCAUAUCAUCACUGUUGCUCCUGGUGAGGAUGUGACGAUGAAGGUUAUAUCAUUUUCUCAACAAGGACCGCGAGCUAUUUGUAUUCUCUCUGCUAACGGUGUGAUAUCAAAUGUUACACUUCGUCAACCGGACUCCUCUGGCGGCACAUUGACUUACGAGGGACGCUUUGAGUUGCUGUCCUUGUCUGGUUCCUUCAUGCCAACUGAAAAUAGUGGUGCACGAAGUCGGUCAGGUGGAAUGAGUGUUUCUCUUGCAAGCCCAGAUGGUCGUGUUGUCGGUGGUGGAGUUGCUGGCCUUCUGGUAGCAGCUAGUCCUGUUCAGAUUGUCGUGGGAAGCUUCCUGCCAAGCUAUCCGAUGGAGCCGAAGCAGAAGAAGGCGAGGGUGGUCGCGGCACCAACCCUUAGCCAGGCACCUCCUGCUGUUCAGCUCUCUAGCGCGGAUACUCACAGCAGCGAGCAAGGGCAGCACAGCUCAGCCGCCCCGAGAAUGAACAUCGUAACUUCUUCAGCGUACAGCGCAGACCAGAACUGGGCAUCCACUGUUGUUCAGUCAGCUCCUGCCGAGGCAUCAAGAACCGCAUCGUCGGGCGAUCUGAACCUCACUGCCUCUGGAGCCUGAGGUCGAUCGAGCCAAACCCGAGGAAUUCGUCCACAGAGUCUCUGUCUGGUGCAUUCCCUUUCUGACCUGUAAAAGAUGUAUCCAGUAGGUUGGUUUUCAAAUGCCCCACUAGGUUUUCUGUCGGGCAGCUCAAGAGUCUAACUGCAUUUGCUGUAGCUAUGUGACGUUAGUACCUGUCGAUCUUGUUGGACAUUGUGUAGCUACAAUUCUAUUAUUAGCGUGUCUUAGCCUCAUAGGCCUACUUCUCCUGUUGGAUAACGUGGAUUAAUUUUGAGUUAAGUUAAUUUUUUUUCUCUCAA